CUCACAGGAAACCUGUAUGAGCUCCCCCAGGUGCUUAUCUAGAAUGGGUUUUUGUGGAGUUGUCCUGUUGGCUAGCCUCUGGGUAGCAGUGCUUGGGGUGCCUGUUACCUGGGAGCUGGUAUCCACACAAUGGAAUGGCUCCUCUUAUGCCACUACAGCAAUUUCUAGUGCCACAGAUCCUGGUCUGCAGAAUGCCACUAAAUUGUCUACAAAGAUGAGUUUGUUCCAGAAGGCCCUGAAUGUGAGUUUGUCCACUGCCCUCUCAGCCUCCUCCAAAACAACAGAGACCUCUGCCCCUAAAGGAUCCUCUAGUACCAGAGUGACUAGCCCUUCCCUGACAAUGGUACAAGCUGCUUCCCAUUUCCUGCAAAGUGUCCAUUCCAUGAAGUCUGCGAGGAUGAACUUCACCCUGAGAAUCCUGAAUGAGGACUUCAAUAUUGUAGACAAGACCCCGGUGUUCAGAACUGGAUCUCCCAUUCAUAUUGAGGCCAGAGUGGCAGCCAAUCCAAAUGUCUCCCCAAAGAUCUACGUGGAUGAGUGCUAUGGAGCCCAUUCAAAGCGUCUGAGCCAUUCCAGGAGGGUUUAUGUGAUUGUGAAUAACCGUGGGUGUCUGUAUGGCGGCAAGUCUGGGAAUGUUUCUGUCUGGCAUAGACAAGCGGACUCUGCUCUGCAGUUCAUUAUACCAGCUUUUUUGCUGGGGGAGGAACCAGAGGAGGAGAUCUAUAUCCACUGCCUGAUGACUGCCUGGGGCCAAAGGACCCUCUCAAGACAUGUCAAGAAAUCCUGCUACUACAACACUGCCUCUUCCAGCUGGCAAAACCUGGAGGAUCCAUCUCGGAAUGACCUGUGUAACUGCUGUGACAGUCACUGCCCCUUUGACUUCUCCCCAGAAGAACAAGAGUUUCCAGGUGAAGGGAUGCUCCAUAGAAAAACAGUUGGUCCCUUGACAGUGCACAAGGAAGAGGCUCCAUGGUAUGAAGCACAAUGCCGCACCAUGAAGAAGCUCGUGCUGGCGGCGAUAGCCUUUGUGGGCAGCUGUCUACUUGCAGCCCUCCUUGUAGGAGGGGUCAUUGCUUUGGGCCUGGCCUUGUUCCAUUCAUACCAUCACAGUAAGGUGCCAAGACUGAGGAGGAAGAGGAGGCCAUAUCCUUAUCAUGAAGAGCUGCAGACAGUAGUGGGUGCCCUUGUGCCCUCAGAGGAGAUCGAGAAGGAAAAGAGAGAAUUAAAUGCAGAGUAUUCUAACCUAAAGACUGAAGAAUUGGAGCAGGAGUAACCAACUCCUGCAAGCCACAAUAAAUACUUUAUUUCUAUACAG